CAACAAUACAAAAAACAAUCUUAUCAUACCAGUAGGUGUAUGUUUUGAAACUAAUAAAAGAAGAGUUUUUAAUUGGCAGCAUGUGUGGUUAGAAUACACUAUACGUGUGUGGAGAACGUAUUAUUUAGUACAGCGUUAACUGAAAGAUAAUGCUCUAAUCUAAUGUACAAUUUGAAGACUGUAAAAUGGUAAAACAUACACGAGAUGGCUUUAAGAGUUGUUUUACUAUAUUGAGCCCAUAUGCCCGAGGGUGUUUCUUAUUUAGCUCCCACCUCCCAUCUAUAUACAACAUCUCACUCUAAAAAUAACUUUGCCUGCAGCAGCGCUGAGAGCUGGACUUUCCUCAGGUCUAAUAGUGGAAGUCUGUGUGAUUGAAACAUUGCAAAGAUAUCUACAGUGUAUAAGUAGCAGCAACAUUUACUUGGUUACUUGUUUUCAUGUACUGACAGAUGUGAAUUAGACCCUUAUUAGUGUAGCUUAAUACUACCCAGUGUACAUGAACCCUAUAUUUCCCUGUCAGCUGGUAUCAUUCAAUAAUCACACUUUUUUCUGAGUUGACAACCAGGUCUAACAUUAUUUUUCUCUUGUCAAAAAGUGACUUAGCGUGUCCAAAGCUUACACAUGAGGCCGGUGGGAAGAUGGAUGAAGAACGCUCUGUAAUAGCAGAGCAGUCAAUGAAUUUCCAGUUUGUUUGUGAAAUGAAAGGGAACACUGCUUAGUGCACCUUGUCCCAAGUAAAUAUUUAUCAAAAGCCAGACACAAGGAAAUCAUUAUUUGCCACUCCACCCUUAUACCUCCCUCACCUCCUCCUGAUGUUUGGACAAAAACAAACAGAGCUGGAGCCAAUGCAGGGAGAGUACGCCGAAAAGGCAUACAGAGGGCUAGUAUAUAUAUUGAGCUGCCUGCAGUGUUUUUGGUUCCUUUCACAGCAGUAUAAGGUGUGCCACUGUGUACUGUCCCAUAGGAUCCACUGGCCUCAGACAUGGCACGUCUGGCCCUCCCUGUCUUCCUCGUUCUUUGCUUCUCCUUGCUCCACUUCAGCUCCAGUCGCCCAUCUCGCACCAAGAAGGCUGUGUCGGCUCGGCAGUCCGGAGAUGCAGCUGCAGAGGGAGAUGAUGUGAAUUCCCAGCUUGAGAGGUUGUGGCAGGAGGUGAAUUCACUGAAAGAGAUGCAGGCGUUGCAGACAGUCUGUCUCCGUGGCAUCAAAGCUCACAGGAAGUGUUAUCUUACAAUUGAGGAACCCAAACAUUACCAUGAAGCGAACGAGGACUGCAUUGCACAAGGAGGAACUCUUGCAACGCCACGGGACAUGAUUGAGAACAAUGAACUGAGAGACUAUGCAAAGAGGAGCGCUCCAGGAUCCAAGGACUUCUGGAUCGGUGUGGCAGACAUAGUGAAAGAAGGCCAGUAUGUUGAUGUCAACAGCCUGCCAGUCAGCUUUUUCAACUGGGACCGCUCCAAGAAGCAGCCCACAGGAACGAAGAGGGAGAGCUGUGUUGCCCUUUCAGUGGCUGCACAGGGAAAGUGGUACGAUGAGGUGUGUCGCAGCCUGAAAAAGUACAUAUGCGAAUAUGUCAUUCCUUAAAGGCAAUGUUGUUGUUGACAACUUGAUGAUCAUUCAUGCGGGUCAUUAAUUAAAAUUGUGCAAAACUGUGUUGUCAAAUCUGUGGCGAUUCAUAGUAGAAACAUGACUUGUUAUUGGUCAUGUAUUAUAAAAUUUCUUUGAUUAAAAUUUGUUAUUAAUUAGGUUCCUAAUUAGUUUUGAUACACAAAGAAGUAACUGGCUGCGUCGUAUUCACUUUACUUAUACUGUAAGUCCCAAAGCCUCAGAUGAUGACUGAACAGCAUGAAAAGUAAGAAAUUCUGGAUGACGUUACACAAAAAUAAACAAAAAUGUAAACUGUCGUUGUUUUGUUAAAACUAUUUUAUUUUAUCUA